GUUUAGCCAAGGUCUCUGAUUUAUGGUUUAUUCAGGCAGCUCCAUUUCGGGCCCUCCUUGUUGUCCAGGCGCUGCCAGGGCUUGAUUCCAACUCCUCGGAAAUCCGUCGCCAGCGCAUCAUUAUCAGCCCAGUAGGCAACAGAUCUCAUCUCACACCAAAGAUUCGUCGGCCCGGCAUGCGCUUAUGUUCAGACUCGAAAUGGCACCCUUCCUUCGAGCGCGAAUUCGCAGGGGAAACAAACAGACGCCCAACAGACGCUGUGGACCCACAAAACGAAGUGAUUUAACCGGUGAAGCUGAGCGCCCUCAGCCUCAUCGUUAACUCCCCGCGUUAUUGUAAUGUCCUCCAGCUCCCAAGAUAGCCCCCUCCGCGACCUCUACCUCCGGGUAGAACCCGCCUCCGAUCUCGGUAUCACCACCGUCGUGAGUCGAUGUCUCGAGACGGAGCACUUCGAUGUCUACCCCGACAACUCCUGGAACAAGGCCUUCCAAAACGCGGUCUCAAAAAUCGGUCCCACUGUGGCAAUCAAGGCACGCACCUCGGCCGUGCAGGCGGUGCUGGAUGACGCCGGCUACGGAGCACGCCAGAUCGUACUGAACGACGACGUGGUACCGAUCAUCAGUUCUGUAACGUCUCUCCCCGACGCGUCAACAUCAUCAUCAUUAUCGGCAGCGCUCAUCCGCGAGGAGGUUGCUCUAGUCGUAUGGGCCGAGUCCUCCGAGGCCGCACUGGCUGCUUAUAAUGACUUGGAACAUCGGUUUAGGCACAAAGCUCGACUGUGCCACUGCGGUAGACAGCCAGGGUCAUCCAUCUCUCGUGGCGGCAGCUUCGGACUGCUGUUGCCCGCCUUCGACGUGGACCGAUUCGACUUGAGCGGCCUCGGCGACGGGCUCGCGCCACUUGAGGAUUUCGACACCUUGCAUAACAUAGAGGGCGGGCAGUCCCUCGCGGAAGAGUUCCUCUACAACACGUCCGACGGAUAUUCAGUCGAAUUGGCUGAGCCGUCUUUCGCCACCUCCGACAUGAGCAUGUCUCAAGUAAGUAGUUUGGCGGAUCCUUCGAGGGCUUAGCUGACAACUGCUUGUGCCGUGGUAGAGCCCGGCGUCCUUCAGUAGCGAUCAGUUGUCGCCAUAUAGCGAGGCCAGUCCUUCGUCUA